AGCUGUUAUUACCGUUCGUUUUUCGUACUUGGAACCGGUUUCAAAGUUUAUUUAUUUAUUCAAAGUUGAAUAAAAAUAAAAAUAUGAGUAUUUACGUCGUCGCAACUUGCCGUUUACGCGUAAGAUUUCUUUUUUGAACGACAACGAUAAUUUUCUGUGAUAUUUUGUGUCUCGGCAUAAUGUUUUAGUGGUUUUUAAAUUUUUGUCCAUACAAACCCGUUUAUAAUUAUUAUUAGUCUAGUUUUAUCUAUCUCGUAGUCUUGCAGGAUGUUAACGUUAUAUUAUUACUUAAACCGUAGUGUAGUCGGUAGACGAGUACCUGUAUUAUAUUACUAUGUAAUUUUAAUGUCGCACGCACAAAACCUGUAGAUUGGUACGUUUUUGCAACGUACAAAACACGGUAGUGUAAUUUGUUUGAAAAAUUAUUACAUCAGACUAUACACAAGUGUAGUAGUUGUAGUUGUAAACAAGUAAAAUUGUAUAUGUAGAUUUCAGUGUUUUUAUAUUAUAGUCAAUUUUAGCGAUUGAGAAUGUCAUCGGAAAACGAUGUUUUAACACCGUUGUUCGACAGCCAAGAGGAAUUGAGCAGUCAAGAUUUUGCGACUUUGCCGAACGACGAGAGAGUGUGGGGCAGACUUUACCCCAUGGUUAGAGAUUUAAAAGUCCAAUGUUUGAUAGACAGCUCGUAUAUUGCUGGUCGUCAGGCUGGUUGCGACAUCAUAUUUUCCGACCAGUGUAUAAGCAACAAGAUCGCGCACAACGUCAGUAAGAUACACUUUCGAAUAGACCGUGAAGUCAUCAAUAAUCGUCACAUAGUGUACUUAACGGAUUUAAGUGUAAACGGCACUUAUUUAAACGGAGAAAAAGUCGGUAAAGGAAAUCGUAGGAUGAUGUCCAACAAAGACACAAUAUCUCUUAUUGUACAUAAUUAUUUGGUUUACCUAUAUUCAGACUUGAAGAAAGCUAACGAAAGCUUUCCGGAAGACAUAAUGAAACAAUUUUUAGUGUUAUCAGUAUUGGGACGCGGAGCUUUUGGAGAAGUCCGCUUAGCGUUUGACAAAAAGACGACAACUAGAUUUGCAUUGAAGACGGUGAAGAAAAACCGUCAAGUUGAUGUUCACGCAGAAGCUCGUAUAUUGCAGAAAGUUAACCAUGCCAACGUCGUUCGAAUGUUGUAUGUGAUCGAUACAGCCGAUAUACUUUUUAUGGGUCUCGAGCUUAUGGCUGGCGGCACGCUGCGAGAGCUCAUACAAGACACCGACAGACUGUGCGAAUUUGAUGUUAAAAUUAUUCUAUAUCAAGUGGCUCAUGCCAUGUAUUAUUUACACAAUCAAUACAUAACGCACAGAGAUUUGAAACCAGCAAAUAUUUUACUGACCGAGAAAAAAGCCAGGUGUAUCGUGAAAGUAGCCGAUUUCGGUUUAUCCAAAAUGAUCGAUCAGUCCACGUUGCUGAUGACUCGUUGUGGAUCACCUGCUUAUACGGCUCCGGAAAUUUUGAACCUAGAAUGUUAUGAAUCGUACACUAACAAAGUGGAUACGUGGAGCUACGGAGUAAUUUUAUAUGAAUGUUUGACCUUGUCGAAACCGUUCUCUGGUCGAAAUCUAGCGUUGAAAAUACAAACUUUAUCGUACCGACAAUCGCCGCAGUUAUUUCCGUCCAUUAAAGCGUUGGAUCUGAUUCAAAAGUUGUUGGUCAUCGAUCCGUAUCACAGGUACAAUUUUCACAACGUCAUCGGACAUCCGUGGUUGAAAGACAAAAGGAUGAAGAACCUCGUCGCGGAACUGUCGAAAGACUCGGAGUCUGAAAGUCAGAGUGACACGAUCAAUGACGACAAUAGUUAUAACGGUCCGUUGUUUAUGUACGACAAAAGGACGCGUUUGUCCGACAGUAUUAGUCCAUAAUUGGGACUUUUAAACAUUUGUGUUUUUUUAUUGUUACGUUAUUUGUUUUCCGUUUAUAAAUUUUGAGAAAAAUUUAACCAUA